AUGGGCCGGAAUGCUCAGAGCACCACGAAGCCGCCUUGGUAUGGAGCCUACAGUCGCCAGCUUCGGAGCUCGCACCGUCAGACACUGCUUGAAGACACGGCGCGGUGCAUGCAACAUCUCCAGAUCCUCCAGGCGUGGCAGGAUCAAUUGCGUACGUUACUCGGUCAGGCAAUGGGAGCUGUCCAGCAGCGAUGUCGGGAGAAUUCGCUCGAUCAAAUCGAGUCGGACAUCCAGACACUUGCUUCUGUCGGCCAUUGGGCGAAGCAGGAGCGGCAAAGGCAAUUGGAAGGGCUGUCGUUGUUGUGGAAGUUGCUUUAUGGCGACUGGAAGCCUGAGAAGGUACAGAUGCCCUUCCUGGUAGCCCCAGAGAUAAGAGUAGCCAAGCACGUGAUGGAGAUGCUGCAGCAGCUGGCCAGACAGAUGCUCGAGAUCUCGGCGAACACUUUCAAGACAAAGCAGGGCCCCCGACCGCCGUCAACACCACCUCCGGCACAUUUGCUGAGAAAGCGGAUGUAUCCCGAUGACAAGUCAGAAGCAGUCGAGGACCCGUGGCCCAACGAGCAGAGUCCAACUCAAGGCUUCCCUGAGCAGGCUGCUGAGCAGCCUGCUGAGUCUGGUGAGGCUGAAGCGGCUGAAGCGGCUCAGGCAGCGGAGUUACAGAGCGAGUUGCCCGCUGAGCCGGGAGCUCCUGAUUUUGAACGGCAGCAGCAAGAGUUCGAACACCAGAAGCACCAGCUUCAGCAGGAGUUGGCGGUAAUUUUACAGAGGCGUGAAGCCUUGGGGCAGCGAGUCUGCGGGAUGGAGCUGCUGCAAGAGCUGGAACAAGCCAAUGCAAAGGAGCCUGGAGGCCGGCAAUGCCAGGAGCUUCAGGAGCAGUUGCAGCAUGAACUUCACAUGUCUCAACAGCAGCAGCUUUGCCAGCAAAUGUUGCAACAACUGGAGCUGGAGAUGGAGCUUCAAAGGCAAGAAGUGUCCGCAGCUCUAGGUUUUGCGGGAGAGCAGCGGGCUGCAGAACGAGCUUCAAGCGAGGCUGUUCCGAAACGAGAUGAUGAGCUCAGGGCAGAGUUCCACCACUGCUCGCAGCAAUUCUUGGAGCAAGUUGCACAUCUUCAGCUGCUUUCUAACGAGCCUGGGGAACUCCACAACGUCGAUCUCGAUGAGCAGCGGCAGAUGCUGUGGACAUACCUGCAAGCCGAGCUGAAUAACCCGCAGUCCGAAUCCUCCAAGCGCCCGGAUGGCAAGGGCAGAGGCCUCGGCAAAGGUGGCAAGAGUGAGCGGCUCAACGUGUUCCGCUCUCUAGGACGGCGGGAACCACAAGAACAAGCUGCAGCUGUGUUGCGACCUCCUCUCGCCCCGCCUCCUCCACCGCCUCCAUUGCGUGGUGGCGAAGAAGCUGCAGCAGAGCCCUGCGACAGAUCCAGGUGUACUGAUGCCCUGGCCAGGGCCUUGUUCAGCUUUGCUUUCUUUGGCCCGGCAAACCUGGCGAUGAGGCUCCUGACGACGAGCAGAGCCUCGCCCAAACGGCCUGCGCGGAUGGAAUGGAAGGCUGGGCCUUUUCAAGAACCCCGCCUCAGCAUGACACAGGAGGGCGUGUGCUCAUGGUGA